AUGGUAAGCCUCCCGAAGGGCAUGGAGACGUGCUACGCUGGAGAGAUUUCUAUGUACACAAAGAGAGAAAACAGAAUCCAGGUGGCAACUCUUGAGAAGACUCAGCUCAUUGCAAAGGAUUUUUCUGAGCUGCGCAUCCACUUCUGGCCCGACGAGAGAGCACUGAAGAAGGUUGUGACAGGAAAAGAGCAGAGAAUGACAGAGAGACUAAUUGAGACAGAUGAGCCUAGUUGUGCUAUCUGUACUGUCUGCAUAGACUGUGAUGAUGAGAGUGAUGAGGACUGA